ACUAAUGACAUUGAACUAUUCAAAAUAUCAAGAGAAUCUCCAAUAAACUCGGGAUUAUAAAAAAAACUAAGAUAAAUAAGGAUUGAAAUUACAUAUUUGAGAGUGUAUUCAGUCAGAAACUCUUCUCCGACACAGAGGCAGUAGACAGUCAGCAGAACCAUGUCUCUCACCUCUGUUAUUGUUGAGACAACCCCUUUUGAGGGGCAAAAACCAGGUACCAGCGGUUUGAGAAAGAAAGUUAAGGUGUUCAUGGAGAAACAUUACACUGAAAAUUUCAUUCAAUGCAUUCUAAAUGUACUUGGAGACAAAGUAAAAGGAUCCACACUCAUUGUAGGUGGUGAUGGCAGGUAUUUCUCCAAACAGGCUAUCAAUAUCAUCAUCAGAUUAGCUUCUGCAAAUGGGGUGUCGAAAUUAGUCAUAGGACAACUUGGACUUUUAUCCACUCCUGCUGUAUCAAGCCUGAUUAGAAGACAUAAUGUAUUAGGUGGAAUUGUUUUGACUGCUUCUCACAACCCUGGAGGUAUAAGGCAUGAUUUCGGCAUCAAAUAUAACAUUGAAAAUGGUGGCCCAGCCCCAGAUUAUGUCAGUGAUGCUGUCUAUGAAGAAUCAAAGAAAAUUACUAGCUAUAAAACAACUCCCAAAUUGGAAACUGAUCGACUAAUUGAUAUCUUGGGUACCUAUAAUUUCAAUGUUGAUGGACGAGAUUUUGUAGUGGAAGUAAUCGAUUCUACUGCUGAUUAUGUGGGGCUAAUGAAACAGAUAUUCGAUUUUCCAAAACUUAGGACUCUUAUUCGUGGUACUGAAAAACGUCCUCCUUUCAAUGUACUCAUCGAUUCAAUGAAUGGAGUUACCGGCGUGUUUGUAAGGAAAAUAUUCGUCGAAGAACUCGGUGCUAGUCCCGACAACAAUGUUUGUAGAAUAGUGCCUCUAGACAAUUUCGGGGAAAUCCAUCCGGAUCCAAACCUCACAUAUGCCAAAGAUCUCGUAGAUAAAGUGAAAGCUAAUACCAGCUAUGAUUUCGGCGUGGCAUUCGACGGAGAUGGCGAUCGUAACAUGAUUAUCGGGAAAAACGCUUUCUUCGUCACUCCCAGUGACAGUUUGGCUGUAUUGGCCAAUAAUCUCGAUUGCAUUCCUUAUUUCCAAAAGAACGGCGUUCAUGGUUUCGCCAGAUCGAUGCCAACUGCUGCUGCUGUAGACAGGGUUGCUGAAAAAUUGAAGAAAGAAAUGUUUGAAGUACCCACCGGAUGGAAGUAUUUCGGUAAUUUAAUGGACGCCGGCAGAUUGUCUCUUUGUGGUGAAGAAAGUUUUGGUACUGGUUCUGAUCACAUCAGAGAAAAGGAUGGCAUAUGGGCUGUGCUGGCAUGGCUCUCUGUUAUCGAGCACAAGAACAUGAGCGUGGAAGAAAUCCUGAAAGAACAUUGGAGUAUUUAUGGAAGAAAUUAUUUCACCAGAUAUGAUUAUGAAGAAUGCGAGAGCGAUGCUGCCAAUCAAAUGAUGGAACAUUUGGAAAACUUGAUUGCUAGUCCUGAUCUGAUUGGAAAAACGUACACCGCACAUGGCAAAUCCUACAAAAUCAGCAAAGUGGAUAACUUUUCUUAUGUGGAUCCAAUCGACAAAAGUGUUGCUAAAAAUCAGGGCAUAAGAGUACUUUUCGAGGACGGCUCGCGAGUCAUCUACAGGUUGUCCGGCACCGGCAGCAGUGGCGCCACAAUCAGAAUAUACAUCGACAGUUACGAGAAAAAGGACGUCCUGGCUGAUGCCCAGGACAUGUUGAAGCCUCUGGUGCGGAUAGCGCUGGAUAUAUCGCAACUCCAGAAAUUCACUGGGCUUGAGAAGCCCACUGUAAUCACGUAAAUCAUAGGAAAAUUUGGAAAUUAUACCUACUACUUAAAAAAUAUAAUAUAGACAGUUUUUUUUUUUUUCACUUUCUUAUAGCUAGCUAGUUUUCAGUCUGUUGAUUAUUUUUAAACUUUAUACGUUUGUUAUGGCUUCGAAAAAAUAUAUUUUGAAUGUUCUUUUUUGUUGGUUUUAUUAUCGAAAUUGUUUCGUCUACUUAAAUAGUGAAUAGAAUUAUAAUUAUAUAUAGAGAGAAUUGUGGGUUUUCACUUCAUUUCCAUUCACAAACUGCCAAGAUGAAAUUAGAUGAAAUUUGUGCACUGUGUACAAUUUAUAAAUGAUAAAUAAAGUCUUUGUUUUA